UCUACCAUCUAUGAAGUAACGAAAGUUUAUUAUGUUCAUGUCGAUAAAUUCAGAACUUACCAUUUUACGAGGUUUUAUAUAUAGGAAUCUACAUUAUCGAUAGUAGGUGAAUGAAAUGGAUAAAUCACAGAGAGCUCGAACGUAUGAUAAUUAAUGAGAGUAAAUAAUAGUUUUUGUUGUUAGAUAUCGUGAAAUUAUGUACGCGAAAGCAUUAUAAUAUGAAUUUGAAAGUUUGUUUCUUAUUACUUUUGUUUUCAUUCCCCUCUAUUUUGAUUCUUCUUUAAGCUCCUCUCUAUGUGAAUAUAAACAAACGAUCGAAUCUCUACCUUACUUCGACUUACAUAACCAGUUUGUUGUGAUCCUUUGGAGUGUGAACGUCGUAGCUGCUUCGAGGACCGUCUAAACUUUAUUUUACAGGUAACAAUGGCAGAAAAAUCUCCGAAGAAAAAAUUCGCUAUUCUCGAUUUAUUAAACAAAAUAGAAAAUGAUAGAAAAAAUGUUGCAAAAUCUGUUAUAACCUUUCGAUUUAAUAACAAAAGAGUUAAACAAUUAACAAAUUUAAAUGAUAUAAAGAAGGAUUGCAAGGGUAUUUUGUAUUGGAUGUUUCGUGAUGCUAGAGUUCAGGAUAAUUGGGCUUUUCUAUUCGCACAAAAAAUGGCUAUUAAGAACAAAGUACCGCUUCAUGUUUGUUUCUGCAUAUUACCAAAAUUUCUUAAUACGACAAUGCGACAUUAUAAAUUUCUUUUAACCGGUUUAAUGGAAAUAGAGAAAGAAUGUACAGAUUUGAAUAUAAAUUUUCAUCUAUUAGACGGCGAACCAAAUUUGGUAAUACCAAAUUUCGUCAAAAAUUAUAAAAUGGGUGCAGUAAUCACUGAUUUUUUUCCUUUAAGGAUACCCAUGUUUUGGGUAGAUGAAGUAAAGAAAAAAUUACCUAACGAAGUUUCUAUAUAUCAAGUAGAUGCGCAUAAUAUUGUGCCAUGUUGGGUUGCAUCGGAUAAAUUAGAAUAUGCUGCAAGAACAAUCCGUCCUAAAAUACAUUCUCAGUUAGAAGAAUUUUUAACAGGUUUUCCACCUGUCAUAAAACAUGAAUAUUCUUCUACAGAAUCAUUUGCAAAAAAUAAAUGGAAUAAUGCAUUAAAAAAUGUUGAAGCAGAUUCGUCGGUAGAAGAAAUUACAUGGGUACAGCCAGGAUAUUUGGGUGGCAUUUUAGAAUUGGAGAAUUUUUUAAAAAAUCGUUUGAAAGCGUAUCAUUCCAAACGUAAUGAUCCAAUGUCUAAUGCUAUUAGUAAUUUAUCUCCAUGGUUUCAUUUUGGUAUGAUAUCGGUACAGCGUUGUAUCUUAGAAGUAAUGGAAUAUAAAAGAACUAUGGAAAAAUCUAUGGAAUCUUUUAUGGAAGAAGCUAUUAUACGUCGUGAAUUAAGCGAUAAUUUUUGUUAUUAUAAUGAAAAUUAUGAUAGCAUAAAAGGUGCCAAUACUUGGGCAGUAGAAACUUUGAAUAAACAUAGACACGACAAACGUUUGUAUAUAUAUAAUUUGAAUGAAUUGGAAAAUUCGCUAACACACGAUGAUUUAUGGAAUGCAUGCCAAAAUCAAUUAAUCCAGAGAGGUAAAAUGCAUGGAUUUUUGAGAAUGUAUUGGGCUAAAAAAAUAUUAGAAUGGAGUCCAACGCCAGAAAAUGCUCUGGAAUGGUCACUUUAUCUAAAUGAUAAAUAUAGUUUAGAUGGAAAUGAUCCGAAUGGUUAUGUUGGUUGCAUGUGGUCGAUCUGUGGUAUUCAUGAUCAGGGUUUUAAAGAACGUGACAUAUUUGGAAAAAUAAGAUAUAUGAGUUAUAAAGCAUGUCGUAGAAAAUUUGAUGUGGAUGCGUUUGUUUCAAAAUGGUCUAAACAAAAUCCGAACAAAAAGCAAAAAUUAACCAAAUAAAUCAACUUACAACCAUAAA